GCUAACCGGUGAAGCUAACGGACUCAUGGCUGAAUUGGACAUCGGGAAACACUGUCGGAUAGAUUCCUGCUGUCUGAACGAUUUCCUUCCAUUUGUCUGUGAUUCCUGCAAAGGCGUUUUCUGCCUUGAGCACAGACGCAGAGAGGCCCACUCAUGUCCAGAGGAGCCUGAAAACAAAGAACAGAAGGAACCAAAGACCAGCGGGGGCAGCACAAGUCAUCCGUGCUCAUUUGAAGACUGCAGAGGAAAAGAGCUGUUGCCUGUAAUAUGUCCACAGUGUGAGAAACAUUUCUGUCUGGCCCAUCGUCAUCAAGAUGAUCACAAGUGUGAGAAGUUGGAGAUCCAGAAACCUCGAAUGGCAGCUACUAAAGAGCUGGUGCAAAAGAUUGUGGAGUCAAAGGAUGGAUCGAAAAGUAAAGGACGUAAAGGAGCAAAGAACAGUGCAACUGCAGCUAAGGUAGCAUUAAUGAAACUGAAACUACAUGCUACAGGAGACAAGGGACUACCACAGACAGAGAGAACCUAUUUUCAGGUUUAUCUCCCCAAAGAAUCUAAGGAUUCCAGCCAACCCAUGUUCUUCUCUUCUAAAUGGAGUGUGGGAAAAGUGGUGGAUUAUGCAGCUUCUCUAGCGAGCCUCAAGAACAACAACAAUGUACUGACAGCUAAGAAGCUGCGGUUGUGUCACCCUCAGAAAGGUGAAGCUUUGCGGAUGGAUGACACCCUCCUCUCGCUGCUGGCUCACACAGAAACUCCUCUGUACAAUGGGGGUAACGUGAUCCUGGAGUACCUGGAUAAUGAGUGCACAGGCCUGGUAGACGUUUCCGACUACAUCACACAUACAUGACAAACCAACAGAUGUCCCGUGACAUUUGACAAAGCUCCAGCCUACGCAGAGACCGAGCUGAGUUUCAUCCAAUCACAUGACUAGUUCUUUAUACGAACAGGUCAAAGAACCAAUCAGGAGGCGGUGUUUGGUGGGUGUGGACGCGAGUGGGCGUAUAUAAUGCAAAGGGGCUGGGCUUAACGAUACAGACGAGUCGGUUGUUUUGAUGAGAAAAAAAUAAAAACAUACCACGUAAACACAAGGAAUUACUGAAUAUUGAAAUAUGUACAAAAUGACCUUUUACACAUUAAUAUGAUCAAACG